CCUAAUUCUAUGUAUAACCAGUUUAAUUCUGCUUGCCUGCAGCUGUUGAGGUAUUAUUUUGUGACUUUCACCAUGUCGUCGCACGUACAUAAGUACAAAAUAGAAAUUCGUGUUUCGUCAAGUCGCAUCAGCAGUUGAGUGUAAAUUUUUUUUAUUCUGCCCUCGAAAGAAGUUGAUUUUUUCACAUCGACUUAACAUAUCGAUCCAGUUUGUUCGUGAUCUGAUCGAACGCACGCGUUUUCGAUCACGGGACUAUGACGACGGAAGAAAGGAAUGCAGCCUCGAGUCCUGCAUCCGUAGUAGAUUAGCCUCCCAUGGGUAUGUCACUCUCACAACUCAAGGCAUUCACAAAGUUGUUCUCACAUCUAAAAAGAAGGAGAAUAUAGGCGGUAGUGAAUUGAAUAAAAAAAUUGUGAUUAUUAGACAAAAUUUAGUGGAGAGAAUGAAGUGUUGUGAUUUACUUCGUAAGUGGAAUACCGAAAUCUCAAAGAAAACUCGACUAGUGUAGAGAUAUCGGAUUGCUCAUAAGUAAACUUGUUGAUGAUGACCAUGUUUGGCACUAUUGUCCAGAGGCUAACAUCACCUGUGACCUCACCGACAAGUCCUCGUCGUCGCUUUAAAUCACCAUCUAGAUGGGAAAUUCAAAGUGAUCCAGAGGAUGACUCCAUCGUACCGGUGAGAAAGUCGCGUGCAAAACAUCUCUUAGAUAAACGAAGAAGUAAAAGUCGUGCACGUUGCCUCAAUGUUAGUGAACCACAACCCUGUGAGGAUGGCUCGACAUGGCAGGAUAUAGCUUUUCCGCCUUUACGUGGAACCAAGAGUCUUGGUCGACUGGAUGGUAUCAAAGAGGUCCAGAGACUUGCUGAGUAUGAGAGGUAUUUAAGGCAGGAAGCGAGAAAUCUUACAGAAGACGAAAAUCAAGUUGAAAGUGGUAUCAUUCUUCAACGGAAUCAACUUGAAGGUGACCUUCAUCGUAUUCAAGAAUUGUUUCCUGGAGAUAAUCUGCGACUACAUGAACGAGAUGUUUUAACAACGAAAAUGAAAAACAUUCUUCGUAAAAGAAACGGCGUUAAAACUGGAAGACUAACAAGAGCACUUUCGCAGAAAUCUUUGAACAACAGUAAUAAUUCCUUAUUAACAAUUGGAUCUACUAGAACCUUCUUAUUGGAAACUCCAGUACAAUUUACCACGGGAAUGCAGUCACAAGAAAGACAUCUCUUUCUUUUUUCGGAUGUUUUACUCAUAGCCAAAGCACGAAGUGGAGGUAACUUUAAGUUAAAGCAGUCUGUUAAAAUGAGCGAGCUCUGGUUGACAACUGGUCAUAUAGAUGACGUCGCCGAAACAAAUAAAUCUCAGGAAACAAGUUUUGUACUUGGUUGGCCAACUACAAAUGUUGUUGCUACUUUCAUGACUAGUGCAGCACGAGAUUUAUGGUGGGGACGUCUGACGGAAUUAGUAAGAGAAGAGAGUGGGAAGGAACCACCAGACACGAAUAUUCAAAUUCUGUAUCAUGAAAAUGAAGCCAAUAUAGAAUAUAGCAAAACAAUUAUGGUGAGUUCAGAAAUGACAGCAACAACAUGCGUAAAUUUGGCUACACGUCUUCUAGAUCUACAGGGUCACUUUCAAUUGUGGUCAAGGACAUCAUCAGAUGAUGCGCCAUAUCCUUUGAUAGGACACGAGAGACCCUUUGCCAUUAAACUGUCAAAUUUACGGCAUACAUUGUCUACUGAAGAAGGUUUUGAUUUGGAGCAUUGUAAUAAAAGCGGUAACGACACUUGCCACUUUAUUCUUAGGCCGACAUUGAAGUCGCCAAUAAAGAAAAAUAAAUCAAAAAUCACUGGUCUACUAAGGCGAUCUUUAUCCCUUAAUCCAAGUAUAUUUGGAGUUAGUCUAUCGAGAUUAGAUGACAAUGGAUUACCUAAGCCCGUUUUAGUUAUGUUGCAGCAAAUUUUUGUAAAAGGACCAUUUACGCAAGGUAUUUUUAGAAAAUCAGCAAAUAUUCGAAUUGUCAGGGAGCUCAGAGAUCAAAUUGAGUCUUCAGGAGAUUCAAGAUGUCUGGAAAAUGCACCAAUUAUUGCUAUUGCAGCACUACUUAAAGACUUUUUAAGAUCACUGCCAGAUCCUCUACUCACUUCCCAUUUGUUUCCGCAAUGGAUGGAAAGUCUUGAGUCAACCAAACCAGUACAAUCGAUAAAAAGCAUACUGGACCGUCUUCCGAAGCCAAACUACAAUUUGCUUUCACAUUUGAUUUGCGUGUUACAUCAUGUUGCCAGACGUUCAAAACACAAUCUGAUGUGUGCAAGCAAUCUUGGUGUUUGUUGUGGUCCAAGUUUAUUAUGGUCGGUAAAUCCUUCAGUUAAACAUAGCCGUACAAUACCAACACUGACCGAGAUGUUAAUUCGACAUUGUGACGUACUGUUUGGCGAAGGAGUCACUCAACUCCUUGGCGAGGAACGAAGCGACAGUGGAGCCGAAGAAAGCACCGACAGUUUGCAUUGUGAGUUUGCCAAUAAAUCAUUCUAUGCGAUUCCGAUAUUUCUUGUGAAAAAGAAUCUUAGCGAUGCUGAUCUUUAUAAACGAUCGAUAGAAACAUUUAUUCGUGCCGUUGCAGCAGGUGGACUAUCAUUGGACAGUUUGGAUCUGACAGAACCACCACGUAAGGAUCAUAUGUCACUUUCCAGAGAUUCGGGCCUAACACUAUCUGAUUGUCAACUAUUUAUUCCCGAAUCGCCCGUUGGUUCAGAAGACUCGGCUGUUAAUGCCAGUUCAACACUCAAGGACGAUAAUAAGUCUGUGAAUAAAACUUACAUUAGGGUUUAUGGAGGUUGGGACGAAAGAAUAAAUUAUCCUGUUAAUCCGAAUAAUCCCAAUUUCCAAAGACAAGAUUGGCUUCGAGCUCAACUUAAAAGAACACCGCGCACCAAACUUGAAGAAAUGGAUCAUCGCAAAGAACGUUUUGAUGAGAAGGACAUUUACUCUCGAGAAUAUCAGGACAUGAAGAUCGACAUUCGCAAAGAAUAUCAAUCUUCUCAGGUCGAUAUUUCCCGAGACAUUCGAAUGGACUAUGAACGCUUAGAUGACAGAGUAUUGGACGAUUCUGUCAAUACUUCGUUGCUUGCGAAUCGCUACGAAUUCAAUAAGGAGGACUUUAAUGAUUACAAAAAAGUCUACAGUCGUGAAUCUCCCAUUUCACAGAACAGCAGUAGUCAUCAUUCUAAUAGUGACAUCUAUGAAUUUAAAAAGGGAAGAAAUGAAAUUUACGCCAAGAAGGAAAUACCCAUUAAUCGUUACGAAUGUAGUGAAAAGUCUGAUAACAAUAUUUAUGGAAAUCGUGAGAAUUUAAGUGACAUUUACAAUACAAGAGAACGAAAGGAAAUUUACACUUUUAAACAAAGUGAUACAAUUAAUUAUAGCAUAGAAAAUGAAGAUGGAAAAAGCAUUUGGUCUGAUACGCCGCCACCGUUACCACCUAGACUCAAGCAUCUGCCACCUGUUCAUAUGAAUUUUGAAGAUAGACAUAAAAUUGCUGGAAGAUCAAGAUCACUGCCCCCUCCACCGCCACCCUAUAGACCACCACCUCAACCACGAGCAACAAUUACAAUGAGAAAUCUUGGAUACAGUAGAUCAGUUAACGACGACGAAAGUUACGUUUAAAGUCGUAGACAUUCUUUUGUAAAUUAAAACCAAAAUCCACAGAAUAGUGUCGAUUUUAAAGUCAUCACUCUUGUCUUACAGAACCUAGUCGAAAAUUAAAUUUUUGUAUUAUCUUUAUAUGUGUGUGUAAGAGAGCAUGUGAGUGAAUGUGAAAUUAUAACUUUUAAUAAAAAGUAGGGGUGGGAAGAAAUCAAAAAGAAGAGUUCAAAUAAAAUUUCAGAUUAAAUUCAAAGAAAAAUUAAUUUCAAAAGGCUCGGGGCCGUUUUGGUCAGAAAUAUUUAGUAUUUUCCACAAAUAAUUCUCCUAACGAAAAUUAAAUUUUAUUUACUUAUUUCAACUUUUUUUUUAUUUUUAUUUACUUUUUAAGAGUAAAUUUAUUUUGCCACCUUUGUUAAUAAAUAAAAUUUAAAUAUUAUUUAACUUUAUUCUAAUAAAAAAAUGUUUCGUUUUAAAUUUUCUUAUUUUUAUAAACAAUGAGGAGAAUUUCAAUGGCUUAUAUUCGAAAAAAAUGCUAUUUAUUUCUGUAAUUAAAAAAAGAUUUUCCGUGAAAGACGAAAAAGUGUUUUAAAAAAACACAAUUUUUUUACUAUUAUAUUAACAUUAAAAGUUAACAUUGAAAAAAUUAAAAAAUUGAAUCUCAUAGAUAAAAGGUAGAAUGACAAAAGGGAUCAAGCGCCAAUUUUUCGAAAUUGAGGUUUUUUAAUUUUAAAAAAUCAAGUAAAUUCAUUUACUCAUUUCAUGUGAAAUGCGAAUUUUUAUUGCGUUUUUAAAUCAGUUUUUAAUAAAUAUUAAAAUCAUAAAAUAACCUCAAAUUUAAUUUAUUACAAUUCGAUUAAAAAACAAAAGAAAGUAGUAAGCCAACAAUUUUAUGAAUAAUUUAAUAAAGUUAAUAAUUUGAACAUUACUAUUUGAUUUCUUCUGUGAGACGUAUCUUCCAAUAUAAAAUAAAUUAUAUUUAUAAAACUAAGUAAAAAUACAAAAGCAGAUAUUGACAAUACAAAAUAUAUAUUUUGAUGUCAGUUCUCAUAACAAAAGUUUACAGAAUAUCGUUUUCAGAACUUUUAACUAAUUGCGAAUCAUAUAAGUAAAAAAAAUUGAAAAAUUUUUCAUUAAGAAAAAAUCUUACAAAUUCAAAAAACAUUUAUUUUUACAAAUUGUAUUAAUAAUAUUUUUAACAAACCCAGAAUCUAGUGCCUUCAAAGUUUUUGAAAAAAUAUUUUUUAAAACAAUUUUAAUUUAUAAUUUAUUUUAGAAAUCUAAAUCCUCCAAGUAAAGAAAGUGGUAAAAAGUUAUUUAUUUUAACUAUAAUAGUAAUAAUAUUUUAAUUUUAAUUAAAAAUAAUUUUUAUUUUAAUAAAAUAAUAAAUAAUGCUCUUAAAAUAGGCACCUUAUGUAUUAAUUUUGUGAAUCAUUUCUUUUAGAUUUUUCAACAUUUUGUAUACUAAAGGAAAACCAAAGCUUAUCUUUAAAUUUUCACUACACUUUAUUAAAUAAUUUUUUUAUAACUAUUAAAUAGGAGGAUUUAGAUUUCCAAAUUUAAAUUUUAUAUACAAGAAGACAUUUAAUUUUAAGGGAAUAAAAGUAGGAGAAUAAUUUAAUAAUUAGCGAUUAUAAAGUGGGUCUAUUGAAAGAUAAUAAUAAUCAAAUUAUUCAACUUUAAUUGAAAUAUUAAAAUAUAAAAAAUAUUAAAUGACUACUCCAUAAAAGCAACUUCAUUUAAUUUCAAUUAAUAUUAAAUUGUCAAUUUUUAUUGAAUUAUAAAAUUAAUUGUUUUUCCGUGAAUACAAAUCAGUUACAUAAUAAUGUACUUAUAAUCAGUUGCAAAAAAUCUGAAAUCUCAAUUAUAUUUUUAUGUAUUCUCUCUUUUUAACGUAUGUUUGAUUUUAAUGUGAUUGCUCGCUGAUAAUUUUUAAUUGGUGUGCAAUUAAUGAUUAAUGAUUUUGAUAACUUUUUUUUAUGAUAUAAAUACAUAUUUUGAAGAGUAAUUUUCUUAUCACUUUCAGGUAAAGGUUUUUCAAACACUGCUUUUUAAAAUAUGGCUUUUCAUUUUAAUUAUAUAUUACCAAAUUCGAAGACUAUUAUUAACUAUAAUAAUUUUAGUGUUCUGAAAUUCACUGUACCAAAGGUGUUUUGAAUGUUAUUAAUAACGCUUUAGAUAAUGGUGUGUUUUUUUUGUAAUAUUUUUGAAUGUAAAUUGUGUUUACUCUUUAUUUACUGUAGUCGUUAUGUUUUUUAGGUAAUAGAUAAAAUAUGAUCAUUCUAUCUAAGAAAUGUAUGAAAUAUUUAUAAUUUGCAAAAUUGAUUUUUGUAAAUCAUUUUAAUUGUUUUCCUAAUUUCUAAUUUGUUUCUAGAUUCUGUUUAAAAAAAAUAAAAUUUUUAUUUAAAAAAAAAGGAAAAAUUAUAAAAGUUUAGGAAUCUAAAAAAAGAAUAUAAAAAUAAUCAAAGAAAUUUUGCGAUUAUUAACAUUCGGUUUUAUUGAUUAUUCAGGGAUUUAUGGUGCUUCUUAUCUUUGAAUAGAUUUUUAGAAUAUUGUUUGAAUCGAUUAAAACAUAGUAUCAGACUGAAUAUACCCGAACUGAGAGCGGGUUUAAAAAAAUAUUUGUAGUUACGUUUUUCGAGGUGUAUAAUAUUGUUCUAUAUAUACUUAGCAUAUCACAUUUUUAUAUAUAAUUAUAUCGUUAACUUGUUGCAGUUUUGCUAUUAACUAUUUUUGUUAUUAUCGAUUGUUAAUUAUAAAGUAAAACUGCUUCGUUUCAAAGAAUAUCAAUUAUUAUUUUUUAUACUUGUCUAUUUUUAAUUUUAUUGUGCCCUUUCCCAUGAACAAAACAAACAUAUCAUUGUUUUUGAUACAACAGAAAAUUAUGUUUGUAAUUUAUGAAUUUCAAAUUAUAUGAUGAUAAUAUCCGUCUGGUGAUUGUAUUGUCAUAAAAUCAUAAUUUUAGUUCGUUUGGAGAAUAGUCUCUAAAAAAUAUUAUGUAUCAAGUAAGCUAGUACACAGUACAAAAAAAAUGUUAAUAAAAUCGUGUUUAAUUUUCUCUUUACUUUGUACAAAAAUGUACUUUAUGUUGUUAAAGAAUUAAAUAUAAACACGCGUUAUCGAACACAAUAUAAUAUGUAUACUUCCAUAAAUUAUACUAUUACAGUAAAUAUAUUUCGUAUUUUAUACAA